AUGCCUUACCCUCCCAGCCAGCAGUCGUACCGCGUUCCCAACUCUGAGGAGCCCGGGAGCUCGACCUACUACGCAGACAACGUCUUUGAGAUCCUGCAGCAGUCGGUCAAGGCCACGCCCAACAAGGACUUUUUGGGUCGGCGUCCGUACAACCGCGAGCAGAACACCUUUGGCGCGUACGAGUUCAUCACGUACCAGCAGGCGUACGAGCGCAUUCUGAACAUUGGCAGCGGCCUGUGGACGCUGGCAGACUACGCUGGCGUUUCGCAGAACUUUUACUCAGUCGCGCUCUACGACACGCUGGGUGCGGACUCGAUCGAGUACAUCAUGAACCACGCCAGCGUGCAGGUGCUUGUGUGCUCUCUCGACAAGGUCGCCAAGAUCCUGCGGAUGCGCGAGAAGCUGCCGCUGCUCAAGGCCAUCAUCUCGCUCGACAAUUUUGGCCCCAACACGCCCGCCGAGGGCCUGCCCAGCCCCUUCAACACCUCCAGCGUGUCGGUUCUGCAGCAGUGGGCCAAAGCCUCGGACAUUGCCCUGUACGACCUGGCCCAGGUCGAGGCCAUGGGCGCCAAGGAGCCGGUGCACCCGCGCAUUGCCAAGCCCGACGACAUCUUCUGCCUGUGCUAUACCUCGGGUACCACCGGCACGCCCAAGGCUGCCAUGAUCAUGCACAGCAACAUGGACUACGUGCAGCGCGCAAUCCCGUCUGGUGUUCCGAUUGUCGGCGACAUUGUCGUUCUUUCGUACCUACCGCUGGCCCACAUCUACCAGCGCUUCAUCGAGAUCUAUGUCAUGACUCAGAGCGGAAAGCUUGGUUACUUCUCCGGCAACAUCCUCAACGUCGUCGAAGACCUGCAGGCCCUCAAGCCUACCUUCUUCAACAGCGUGCCGCGUCUGCUCAACCGCAUCUACGACCGGUUGGUGGCAGGCACCAUCCACGCCCCCGGCUUCACCGGCGUUCUCGCUCGUCGCGCGGUCGCUGUCAAGCUAGCAAAGCACAUGUUCUGGGACAGGAUCAUCUUCAACAAGGUGCGUGCUGUGCUCGGUGGCAAUGUGCAGUUUGUGCUGACCGGCAGCGCACCGAUCGACAAAAAGGUGCUCGAGUUCCUGCGCAUCUGCUUCUGCUGCAUUGUCUCCGAGGGGUGGGGGCAGACCGAAUCCUGUGGUCUGGGCAUCCUGAACCACAACGACGCCUUCCUCGGCGGUCGUAUCGGCGCCCCGCAGCAUGGUGUCGAGAUCAAGCUCAGAGACAUCCCGAGCAUGAACUACUAUGCCACCGAUAAGCCAUGCCCACGUGGCGAGAUGAUGGUGCGUGGCGGUAACGUCUUUGGCGGCUACUACAAGGACGAGAAGAAGACCAGCGAGGCAAUUGUCGAGGGUGGGUGGCUGGCUACCGGUGAUGUCGCCCAGUUCAACACCGACGGCACCAUCUCCAUCAUCGACCGUGUCAAGAACAUCUUCAAGCUGUCGCAGGGCGAGUACGUUGCGCCUGAGAACCUCGAGAACGUGUUCUCCAACAACCCGCUGAUCAUGCAGAUGUUCGUCCAUGGCGAUUCACUGCAGAGCACCCUGGUUUCCGUCAUUGUUCCCGACCCUGAGACCUUUGUGCCCUGGGCCCGCAACAUCGUCGGCAACAGCAAUGCGUCUCUGGAGGAGCUGUGCCAGGCAUCGGCUGUCAACCAGGCAAUGCUGAAGCAAAUCACCACCGAUGGCAAGAAGGCAAAGCUGCAGGGAUACGAGUUCCCGAAGGCCAUCAAGCUUGAGCACCGGCCGUUCGAUGUCGAGGACAACCAGAUCCUGACCCCGACCCUCAAGCUCAAGCGCAAUGUCGCUUCCGAGUACUACCGCAAGGACAUCGACGAGAUGUAUGCGCAGAUCAACAACAAGGCUUAG